AUGGCAUUAGCAAUCCGUUGUGGCGGGAAGAUGGGAGCGGUGAGAGGAAAUUUCAGUUUUAUUCCUCUUAUUUAUUUCACUGACAUUGUCUCUUCUUUCUUUCUUUCUUUCUUUCUUUCUUUCUUUCUUUCUUUUGUUACUUUAUUGACAUUGACACUUUCUUUUCUUUUCCUCUUUUCUUUCCUUUUUCUUUCUUUUUUUCCACUACGUUACAUUACUGACAUUCUCUUUUUCUUUCUUUCUUUCUUUCUUUCUUUCUUUCUUUCUUUCUUUCUUUCUUUUGUUACUUUAUUGACAUUGACUCUUUCCUUUCUUUCUUUCUUUCUUUCUUUCUUUAUUUAUUUAUUUAUUUCAUUCUUUCUUUCUUUUGUUACUUUAUUGACAUUGACUCUUUCUUUUCUUUCUUUCAUUCUUUCUUUCUUUCUUUCUUUAUUUCUUCCUUUAUUUAUUUCAUUCUUUCUUUUUUCCUACUUUCUUUCCUUUUUUGUUUUAGCAUUCUUUCUUUAUUUCUUUCUUUCUUUUACUUACUUCCUUUUUUCUUCUUUCUUUCUUUUGCAGUUUCUUUCAUUCAAGUUUAUUUUAACGUUUCUUUUGCGUUCAUUUAAUUUUCAUUUGAAUGUCUUAGCCAUGUAUUUAUCAAUUCGUUCGUUCAUUCCUUUUCAUGUUAACGUUUCGUCCUUUCUUGACUCUUUUCCUCCUCUCUUUUUUCUGUUAUUAUUCAUUCAAAUAUUCUUUCUUUUUUCUUUCUUAUUUUUUGUCUUUCUUUCUUUUUUCUUUCUUUUUCUCUUCCUUUCUAUGUGUUCUUUUGUAUAG